AGCUAAAAAUGGACGUGCCGCUUGGGAUUCCGGAUUUUACUUUGGAAUUUGAGGCGCUAGUAUCGGAGGAUCCUGUUUGUCUGGGCAUUAGGCAAAAAACCUGUGACAAUAAGAUGGCCAUUACCGCAAGAGGUGUCAGUGUUGAAAGAGCUUAUAACGUGCUAGCACUACGCGUGCGCAGUUAUCUCUUUCUUGAAUACGUAACCUGCAGCUCUGCGUUGUAAUGUGUAAUAUACCGCGAUUGCAAUUGAAAAAAGCCUCAAUCACCAGAAAGUGCAUCGUGCCUGCUUGAAUCACAAUGAUAGAAAUUUGUAUUUGAAAAUCUCACAGGAGUUACAAAUAAAUUCAGUAAAAAAGUUACGACACAAGCAAAAAUUGACUGUUUUAUUUUUCUUGACUUUUAGGUGAAUUGGUCCAUUUAACUUUAGCGUUUUUAAUCAUCAAUUCUUUAUUUGUCUAACUUAUCAAAAUUUUAUUUAAUUGGCAUCGCAUCGGUUUUUUGUGGUAAAUAACUUUUCUUUUGAAUCGGAGAUAAGAAGUUGCAGUGAAUUUACGGAUGCGCAUGCGCUGUGUCAGCAGGCUUCUUCAACACUAACGCUUGCGGGCAAAACCGGCCGCAUUAUGGUUACAAGCUACAACCAACUACAACGUGGUGAGGAUGUGGAAGUGCCCAACCUGUAUACAAGACCGUGCUCAUGCCUAUUCGUUGUCACUACCUUAGCGCCCCAAAUCUUCUUCUAGCAAUUGGUCCUAAAUAUUGGUACCGUUUUUUUGAGCUUAUUAUUCGUAGGAUUUUAUACUUGUUGCAGUUUCCCUAAAAAUGUAUUACCAUUUGUUUGAAGAAUCAGUUCUAAUAAGAUAAAACUGAAUCCAGAAGAUAGCCGUCGGAAAGUUAGCGCGGGAAAAUCAAAAUUUGUAUAUUUAUAAUGCUUAAAAAAUUGCUCCUUAAAUGCUCCAUAUGUUUCCAUAAUUGCUCCACUGCUACUAUGCAGUGAUUAAUAAAUAUUCAUUAAAACAGAAAAUUUUUAUUUUUAUUGAAAUUCCAAAUAACCGAGCAGAUUUUCAUGAGUUUCUUGAUGAAUUAAUUGCUCCCGAUUUGCUCCCAAUUGCUCCACAAUUAGUUUUUUAUUUAAUUAAAGCAUCUUUAAAUAAUAAGUAAAAUUUGAUUUUCACUUUUUGACUUUCAGAAGAUAGUCACUUCUUUGACCGAUCAGUUUCAUUCAUUUUGUUCUCAAUGGCUCAUUUUGAUAAUCUUUUUGACAGUGAGGAUGAGAAUGAUUUUGAUAUUAUUGUUGUUGGUGGAGGAUUGACUGGACUCACUGCCGCUUAUAAUAUUUUAGAGAGACAUGUUGGAUUAGAUGUUUUAAUCCUUGAGAGAAAUAAUGCUAUCGGAGGAAGGAUUAUAUCUCAAACAGAAAGCAAAUUUUACUAUGGUCACUCACUCCAAAAAAAUAUCACUCAUAUGUUGGAUACAUUUGAUAUACCAAAAGAAUUUAAAAUUGAUAUUGGAGAAAAGCAAAAAGUAUUGUUCACCAAAAAUGGUCCAUUAGAAAAUAAAUUGCCAUCCUACAUUGCUGGAGAAAUUCAUUACUUUCUUAAAGCGAUUAAUUCAAAUAGCAUGGAUCCAAAGUUUAAAAUAUAUUCCGCCCAUGAGGAAGCUGAAGAUCUAUCUAGGAUCAGUAUAGAUCAAUUAAUAUGUCGCCUUGUAUUUUUACCACAAUCCCGUUCAAUCUGCAGAACUUUCAUAUCUUUAGUUUGUGGUAUUAAUGAUACACAUUACAUUUCUGCUUUAUGGGUUUUGGUAAUGUUACAUGGAGCAAAUGGUUUACUGACCAGAUUAAAAAUAGUACUUGGUGAUGAACAUCGUUAUUUUGUUAAAAACGGUAUGAUGAGCAUAGCCGAAGAAUUAGUAAGAAGAAUAGAAGAUGAGAACGGUGAAAUGCAUUGCAAAGAGCAAGUUAACACAAUACAAUUUAACAAUGAUAGAGUUUACGUAACAACUGAUAUACGAACUUACAGAUGUAAUCACGUGAUAAUCGCUGUACCACCACAGGAAAGUGUGCUUAUCCAGAUUCAACCAGAGCCACCAAUAAAUCUCAUACAUUGCCAGAAUUUAUUCCAGUGCAGCAAGACCAUAUUUUUUAAUGCUACAUAUAAAACUCCUUUCUGGCAUACACAAUUUUCUGGAGACAUUAUUUCCACUUGGAAUUCAAAGACAAAGUUACGCAUUGCAUAUGAUGCUAGUUCAUGGAGUAAAAGGGAAUCAGUAAUUGCAGGAUUUAUAUCAGAAUCGAAUCAGACGUCAAGAGCAUCAAUAGACUUAUUUGAUGUAUUGAAUGCAUGUUUUAAAUCAAGUCAGUCAAGAAAUUAUAUAGACUACAAAGAAACCCAAGGAAACUCAAUGAACGUUCCAAAGCCUGACAACAUUAACCAUCAUAUCAAUCCAAUGUUCACACCUUGGGGAAGGAUAUUCUUUGCAUCCAGCGAGUAUGCACCAACCUGGCCAGGCACUGUGGAUGGUGCAUUGGAGUCUGGCAAUAUAUCAGCUUGUUUGUUAUUAAUGAGAACACGUCCUCAAGCAUUGAGCCCAUUAGAAAUUAUUUCUUGCACAAACCAAAGAGUCAAACCUCGACCAUCCCAGCCAAUACGUGCAGCCAUGCUACAGUAUAUAUGUCUUACAGUGAACGUUAUAAUAUUCCUAUCUUAUUUUCGUGCAGCUUAUCAAAACGAUUGAAAACGCUUAUAGCAAGUUCAGUAAUGGUGUGGGAUU